AUGUCUCUUCUUGGUGCCGAAGGACCAGAUUCUAACGGGAACUAUCUCAUUCCAUGUCAGUCGACCAUGACCUGGAACUUUUACGGCUCUCAAAUGCGAAAUUACACAUUCAACCUCGCGGACACGACAACUGAUAACGGAAGCGGGUUUUGCAAUCCCUCUGCCAAUGAUGCUGGUGACACCACGAACUGGAUAACUGGUGCCCCAUUCCUCCAUCAAUACUACAUUGCUUUCCACUACGCGGCGAACCUGAUGGGGUUCGCAACGCGGAAUCUGGGUGCCAGUGCUGCGCAUAGCUCGCCAUACUUCAGCUAA